AAAUAAAUACAUUAAUUAAUACAUAACCAAAUGGCAAUCUAAUUCAACUAAAUUUCUCUCAAUCUUUUAGGCUAGUCUAAGAUAAAAAAGUAGAUUUAAAAAAUUUCUAAAUAAUCAAGACAUAAUAAAAAAAAUAAUUACCUUGCUGUCAAUCAAUAGAAUAUUAUCUAAAUUUCCAAGGUCAGUAAAAACCAUCUAUAUUUGAGUGAUUUAAUCACUAACCUUAAUCCUGAAGAAUUAAUAUCAAUCUUGAGCUUAUAUAACUAAUUGUCUAUCCAAGAAAUAUCUCCUUACAAAUACUUAGCUUAAUACAAAAAAAAAAUAAUCGACUUUGAUUACAAUGAAGAAACAGAAGAAAUAUUUGAAGUUUAUAAUGAUAUCACUAUUGGAAUAAUAUUUGAAAUUAAAUAAAUAAGUGAAUGCUCUACUCAAUAUACAAUCUUAUUCUAAAACUUAUCUAAAUAAUACGAUAUCGAAUAUCAAAAUCUCAAAAGUGACUUGAUUCAAAAUAUUAUUUAAUAUUGA